ACAGGACACUGGCAAAUUGUAAAAUCCCCAAUUUAAAUUCAGAACAGAAAUAUAUGUAUUUGUGUAUUCGAAGGUAUACUCGUAAGAGCAGCAGCAGCAAACAAACGAAAAAUGCAACCGAACACAGAAAUGGUACAAUUCCACACGGUGUGUCAUUAAUGUUUGCUGCGCAUUCAAUAAAUAAACAAAAUUCGAUACGAAGCUGGGCAAAUUUGUUGCAAUAUUUACUCGAGCAUCGAGUGCAGAAUGAGUGUAAUUGAUAUAUUUUUUUACGCGAAUCCGUUUCGCUCCAAAACAGCAAUAUUUUCAAUGGCCAAACGCUCUCGCCAUGCCCAUCCAACCAAUGUGGAAAUGUGAAAUGUCAGCCCUUGGGGCAGUGGCAAGGGGCAGACGUGCAGCGAGCAGCUAUGCUGUGGUCCACACCCAAUAAAGUUCAGAACAAACCGUAGAUAAUUAUGCAAAAAAUCAGCAAAAAAUACGAAAUGUAAACACACACACACACAAACGCAAACAUAUAUUAUAUAUUUAGUAUACAACCAAUAUGCAUGCAUGUAUUUAUGUCAAACUUUUUCAAAUAAAUUCUAAAGAAACCAAAAAAAAAACACCCUAAACCAGCAGAAUGUUUGCACUUGUGGGGGUUAAUCCAUUGUUCCUUAUGCUCCAACUAAAUAAUCGAAGCAACAUGUUUUCAGGACAAACCAUGGCCAACUCCAAGCGAAAGCUACCCACAAAAUCGAGUGUAACCACAGCACAGGAGAAGCCACACACCACCAGACAGAGCCCCAACCCAAACGAUGUUCCAGCACAAGGUUCAACCUUGGGCAACCUCUUCCAAGAAUGCUUCGGCUAUGAGACGAGCAACUUUAGCAGUCUCACCAACUUCACCACGUGGCUGCAGCGACCUGUGGAUGGAGCCGCCUUGGGCGUCUUCCGGCUGCUCUUUGGCGCCGCCAUGCUGGUGGACAUAGCCGAGGAGCGAGGCGGUGGCCAGCUGGACGUGCGCUUUGGCGAGCCCCAUCACUGCCACUUUCCGCUGUUCCCUGGCAUGCGGGCACUGGCCUAUCCGCUGAUGGGCUGCGUCUACCUCUGCAUGUGGCUGGGCGCUUGGGGCAUCAUGCUGGGCUAUCGGUUUCGCUGCAGCUGCCUGGCUUUCAUCGUACCCUACUGGUACAUCUUUCUGCUGGACAAGCCGACGUGGAAUAACCACAGCUAUCUGUUCGGACUGGUGGGCACGCUGCUGCUGUUCACCCAAGCCGACAGCUACUGUUCGCUCGAGAGUUGGUUGAAUCCCGCGAGAAGUCGUAGUCGGACCGUGCCCUACUGGAACUACUUUCUGAUCAAGUUUCAGUUCUUUGUUCUGUACAUGUACGCCGGCCUGAAGAAGAUCUCGGCAGAGUGGCUCUCCGGCUAUGCCAUGAGCAGUCUCAGCCAGCACUGGGUAUUCGCACCCUUCCGCCAAAUGCUGGAUCCGGAGCUGAUCGAUCUGCUGAUUGUGCACUGGUUCACGGCCUUCUUUGAUGUCUCCAUUGCCUUCUUCAUGACCAUCGAGAAGACGCGACUGCUGGUGACUCCAUUUAUGCUCAGUUUUCAUUUGAUGAACUCCCGUCUGUUCGUCAUAGGCAUGUUCCCCUGGGUAUGCCUGGCCGAAGUUCCUCUGUUUUUCAGCUUCGAUUGGCCGCGAAGAAUACGCGGCAGGACAAAAACUGCCCCAGCUGAAGCGGCAGCUCUAACCCCAUCCAAGCCAUCCCUGCUGGCGCGACUCCGCACAUGCCUCAUCCUCGGCUACUGUGUGCUGCAGCUCUUCCUGCCGUACUCGCACUUCAUCACCAAGGGAUACAACAACUGGACCAAUGGCCUGUACGGCUACUCCUGGGACAUGAUGGUGCACUCGUACGACACCUUGCAGACCUCCAUCCAGGUCGUGGACAACGACAAUCAGCUGGUGCACAACCUCAAUCCAUUUGCCUUCACCGAGUACGAACGCUGGACCAAGUACGCGGACAUGGCGGUGCAGUAUGCCAAGUGCAUCGAGGAGAACAUACAGAACAGGCAGGUCAAGGGUGGUCCGUCGAUUGGCAGCAACAUUUCCAUUUACUUUGACAUUUGGUGCUCCAUGAACGGCCGCUUCCAGCAGCGCUCCUUUGAUCCACGCGUGGAUCUGCUGAAGGCGCCGUGGUCGCCCUUUGAGACCACUUCGUGGUCACUGCCGCUGCUCAACGAGCUGAAUCACAUGCGUCCCAAGCUGCGGACAAUUGAGAACGAAGUGCUGGCCUGGAAUAACUACUCCGAUGUUAUAUUUGUGGCCGACUUUCCGGGCUUGACGCUGAUCAACUUUAUUUCGCCGGAUCUGAUCAACUGCACGCUGACCAUCCUCGAGGGCAAUGUGCGCUACAAGAGCGAAGUGGAGCGGGAAUCGUAUUUCCUUACAGCCGGCAAGAGCAUAGGCUUGCAGAGCAACAUCACGCACUUUGUGACGACAAUUGGACAGAAGCCCGCCUCCUAUUUGUUCACGUACACCAACAAGACGAUGCUGGAGCAGGACAUUGCCAGCGAAGAGGAGACUGCCGCAGAGUCGGAGCGUCCGCUGCUGCCGCUGUGGCGUGAGUUUGAGCAGCGCGUGGCCAACUAUCAGCAGUUCCUCGAACACAUUGGCAACUGUCUGCUGUAUCUGCUGUACGAUGUGCCCAUACCGCUGGCCGUGCGGGAGAGAGAUUGAAGAUUGACGAUUGAAGCUUGGACUAAUCCUAUCCCUAAGUGUGACUAAUUUGUAUGGGUGAUAAAACUGAUAAUAAAUGUU